AAUCCUUUCCUCUAUUUCUCUCUGUCCGCCUUAGGAUUAGGGUUUCCGGUGAAAUCGAAUCGGAUGGGGAAGCAAUCGUUGAUCUACAGCUUCGUGGCGCGUGGGAAGGUGAUCCUCGCCGAGUUCACGGAAUUCACCGGCAACUUCACCAGCAUAGCUGCUCAGUGCCUGCAGAAGCUUCCCGCCACUAACAACAAGUUCACCUACAACUGCGACGGCCACACCUUCAACUACCUCGUCGAUAAUGGCUUCAGUUGCGUCUCUGCAGAUGAAAGUGGGAACCGUUUCUUCCUUUCUGACAGCAGGCAUCAUCGGAUUAUUGUAUUUGAUGGAAACGGAAAGAUUCUGGACUGUAAUUGGCCUUAUCAAGUUCUUGGAUGGUAAUGGCUAAAAAAGUUGUUCGAACAUUUGGUUUCUUCCAUAUAGAUUGGUUCUUCCCCGGGUUUUGAAGAUGGAAACUUUGAAUCUGCCAAGAUGGUGUGUCCGGCAUCUUCAUUUUAUGAUGCUGCUGAGGAUUCCCUAUAUUUUGUUGAUUCAGAGAACCACGCAAUCAGGAAAGCUGACUUGGGGAAGCGGGUAGUGGAAACUCUUUAUCCGAAUUAUGACACCAGCAAGAAUAGUAAUUCUAUUUGAAUCAUGAUCAAGUUUGGUUUGCGAAGCGAUGAGAAGCGGUCUGAAGAAUUUGAUACACAAUCACUAAUGUUUCCUUGGCACGUGAUGAAAUCCAGCGAAGACAGUCUUUUCAUUAUAAACCGAAGCUUUAAAACUUUAUGGGUCCUAGAUUUGGCUUCAGGAGAGAUAAAGCAAGUUGCCAAAGGAUUCCCAAAGAUUAUGGAUGUCUGUGGGCCGCAGAUCAGGAGGAAAGUAUCCUUGUUGAAACAGAUGCCAGAUGAUUGGUUGCAACAUCAGACUGAUGCUGUCUGUUCACCAAAGAGGCUCCCAUAUGCUGGUCUUAUAUCUUCAUUGACAACCUUGCAGAAUCACGUUAUCCUUUGUGACAUGGUUGGACAUAGGAUUUUGAAACUACGUGAAGAAUCUGGACUGUACUCAACGUUCCAAUUUUCAAAUUUUGGAAUCCUUGGAUUGCCGUAUUGGCUGGCUUCCCCCUUGGAGAGAGUUUAUGCAAUUGGUGGACAUCGAGACAAGAUUGAUCAUGAGGAAUGUUUCAGCUUGUUACCAGGUAGAAUUGGUAUACAAUUAAAUGUUGAAAUUCCUGUGGAUACUAAGCUUGUUGAACAGUUACAAGAGGGUUGUAUAUGGCACCAGGCAAGGGGUGCUGCCAAUGAAGCGUUAGGGGCAGAAGAUGCUGGAGGAUCUACAGAGAAGGUUGGUGCUGCCCAAAAUUGGUAUGACGAAUUGGAUAAUCUUGCCUUUUCACUGUCAACAUCUGAGUCAGAGUUGAAUGUUGAAGAUAAUUCUACCACUUCAGAUAAUGGAUUUCAAGAUGCAAAAGUUCAUAUUGAUUGUGCUGUCAAUACAAGUCCUGGUACUAGUGAGGUCAUUGUUUAUGCAGCACUGUAUUUAAAACUUAGACAGGAAGAAUUGUUAGAGAAUAAUCAGGAGAAGUAUGCAGCAAAGAUAGCAGAUAUUUUGAGCUCGGAGAGAAGUGGAAACAUAGGAAGAGAUUCGUUCAUCCAAUUCUUGUUAAAAUCAAACAGAGAUUUGAGAGAUCUCAUCUUCAUGAAACCUCUCCAUGUGAGGGUGAAACUGGAUUGCCUUGAUCACCCAAAGGCAGCUAAUGGAAAAAACAUUAUCCUAACAGACUCCAACAUUGAGGUCAAUGUAUCGCUUAGCUCGUAAUAAUCGAUUCAUGGAAGCAUUACUACAUGUUCUUUUGUUCGUUACAAUUUGAUUAUGUUGUAAUGAGCAUACAUUCCACAACAUAAUUUCACUUUCAAAUUGUAUCUUAUAUCAAGAGUGACAGUGAGUAGGGUAGUAUCACUAGAA